UCAUGGCUUCGAACAACAGUAACAUUGCCACUGCCACUGGAGUGGCUCCGAUCGGCAUCAUUCCGGAGUUCAACGGUCAAACGGAUGAUUGGAGUGUCUAUCGGGAGAUACUGGAGGAGUUCCUGAAGGCUAACGGAGUACCGGAAGCUAACCGGGCGUCGGUUUUGAUAAGCGUGAUUGGAAGCGAAACCUACCGGACGCUGCGCAAUUUGUGUCAUCCCGAUUCACCGAAGGAUAAAACUUACGAAGAAUUGUGCACUUUGCUGGCGAAGCAGUACCUGCCGGAGAUUGCCGUUUUUCGUGAGAGAUCGAAAUUUUAUCGGGCGGAGCAGCACUACGGUGAGGAUGUUAAAUCAUGGUUUGCACGUUUGAAACGGUUGUCGGUGGAUUGUAAGUUUGGCGAGCAGCUGGAACCGCUGUUGUUGGACAAAUUUGUGGUUGGAUUGAUUCCCGGACCGAUCCAGGAUAGGCUGUGCGAGGAAAAUGAAGCUCUAACUUUGAAGGAUGCAGUGGAUUUGGCGGCUAACCGAGAGUCUGCUCUGCAGGACGAGGGCAUGGCUCAGGGCCUCGAAGAUAUGCAUUUGGGAGAACGACGACGUGGUCGCAAGCGACAUGGUCAUCGUCAUCACGGAGGGCGUGAUGGUUUUGAUCCUAGAAUGGCAUUUGACUUCGGUUUCGGUGGACACGGUCCACAUCAUCACCAUCAUCGUCGCCACCAUCACGGCCCACCUCCGCCGCCGCAUCAUAUGCGUGGCUUCUUCGGAAUGGGCUUCGGCCCAAUGGAUCGUCGUGAUCCUCCGCCGCCGGCGGAAUUUUUCCAUCAACAUGCUUUCCGUGGAUUCGGACCUAUGGAGCGUGCUGGGUUUCCCUUCGGACCAGUUGCGGUGUCGCGUGGACGCGAAAUGAAACGUUGGGCUAAGAAAUGGCGCAAGCACGGUCGUCGGGCUCGUUCUAGUUCGAGCUCGAGCAGCUCUAGUUCCAGCAGCUCGAGUAGCAGCAGCAGCAGCAGUAGCUCGAGCAGCAGCAGCUCCGGAGGCAAGCGGUGCGAAAAGAAACGUAAACAUCACAAGAAACACGGCAAAGGCCAUCGUCACGGCAAGUUUGAUCACGGACGGGGCGUCAAGUGUGCCCGAGGAGGGGAACGCGGCGGACGAAACUGUGGUCGCUCCAAGGAUAAAUCCAACACUGAUCCGGUAGUGACGGAAAACACUGAACCAGAGCUGAUUGAGUGAAUCUAUUCUUGAAAUAUUGCAUUUAUUAUCGUAGUCGUGAUGUAUUAGACAAUUUUAACCAAAUAUUUAUAUAACUAUUUAAUGGCAAAUAUAUGUUAAAUA